AUGGCCUCCAAGGUGGCUGGGCAGUUUGCCCACAUGAAGAAUCUCGCCGCGGACUUCGUGCGGGCCAAACCCAACCUGUUCGAGCUAGCGAAGCAGCUCCCGGAGUACGGCGUGGGGGCCAGGUUCGCGAGGACGCGGUGGGAGCACAGGGGCGCGCCGGACUCCUACUGGACGGUGUCGCGGAUGAAGCCCAAGCCGUCGGGGCGCGCGGGGAGAGCGUGGGGGACGCUGACGUGGAAGGGCGAGGCGAAGGAGGGCGUGCGGAGGAUCCCGGGGUCGAUGAAGGCGGGGAUCUGGCGCGUGUUGGAGGAGCCGAAGACGAUGAGCGGGCCGAAGCUGUCCAAGCCGGAGCCGAGCGAGGAAGCCGCCGAGGGGCAGUAA